AUGUACCUAUUCUUACAUUCAUUUUUAUAUUCUGUGCAAAGUAAUAAAAUCUGUUUCUGGGGAAAGAUUUUUGCGUGUAUAAAGAAAUAUUUGCGUCAUAUCUAUCUAUCUAUCUAUCUAUCUAUUUCUCGAAAUGAAACAUUUUUAUCUAUCUAUCUAUCUACGUCUAUCCGACCUGUGCUGGCUUGCAUGUAUAACAGGAUAUACAUGUCAGUCGAAAGACGCAGCAAAUCCACGGUCGCCCGACAACAACCAGUCCUCCUCGGCGUUGGGCCCGUCUGGACAUGCCAACGUCCGAUACUAGGCUGCCAGUGUUCACCACUCUUUUCACCUAUAAAGAGGACCAUAGCUCCAUUAAAAAGAGGUAGCAGAGGCACUGGACUGCUGCUGCUGUCGCUAUUUCGUUUAAUGUCUUUUUGUACAGCUUUCUCAACCAAACAAACAUUAUUAGAGCCUACCUUCUUCGUUCGUUCGUCCUGCUUUUGUGUUGUAUUCGUUUAUUUUUCUUUUCAAGGGUAA